AUGACUCUAAUUGAAAAAUUGGUCGGAAGAGAAAAUUAUAACACGUGGAGAUUUGCUGUGCAAUCAUAUCUACAGCAUGAAGAAUUAUGGAAUUGUAUUGAAGGUUCCGAAAUUGUCGAUCCUAAACUCGACAUGAAAGCCAAGACUAAAAUUAUUUUACUAGUCGACCCCAUUAAUUACGUACAUAUACAAGAAGCAAAAACAGCGAAAGAGGUUUGGCAAAAUUUGGCAAAAGCAUUCGAUGAUAAAGGUUUGACUCGUCGAGUCGGUUUGUUAAAAGAUUUGAUUACUACCACAUUAGAAAGUUGCCAAAAUGUUGAGGUCUACGUAAAUAAAGUAAUGACAACUGCACACAAACUCCGAAACAUCUCAUUUGAUGUAAAUGAUGAGUGGCUUGGUACUCUUCUCUUGGCUGGGUUGCCAGAUGAUUACAAGCCAAUGAUUAUGGCGUUAGAAAGUUCUGGUGUGCCAAUAUCAGCAGAUUCUGUAAAGACUAAGCUUCUGCAAGAAAUAAAAAGCUCCGAGUCUACUGCAUUAUAUGUAAAUAAAAAUUAUGGUAACAAAGGGAGACAAAAAAAUGAGAAGCCAUAUAAACCUAGUAAAGGUCCUAGAUGUUUUAAUUGCAACAGAUAUAGGCAUAUAAGUAAAAACUGUAAAUCGAAGAAAAAGGAACAAAACACUAAUAGAGAUUCUGGAUAUGUAGCUGUGUUCUCAGCCACAACAAAAAAUAACAAUGGAUGGUAUAUCGAUUCUGGAGCGUCCAUGCAUAUGACUAUGAGGCGUGAUUGGAUUUAUGAUGAAAUACCACCUCCGAUCUCGAACAUUAAAAUAGCUAAUGACAAAAUGCUCCCGGUUAAAAGUUGUGGCAAGUUAAAUCUAAAUGUCAUUGGAAAAGAUGGUAAUAAACAUACAAUUCAAGUAAAGAAUGUUCUCUAUGUACCAGAAUUGGUAAGUAAUCUCCUUUCUGUUAGUCAGAUGAUCAAUAAUGGAUGCUCAAUACAGUUUACUAAAUAUGGCUGCAAAAUAUUCAAUAAAGAGAAUACUGAAGUUGCAACUGCGAAUCUCAUUAACAACAUGUACCGGCUGAAUACAGACAGUAUUUCUGCAUACACCUGCAAAUCUAAUGAGACAGAUUUUUUAUUAUGGCAUCAAAGAAUGGCACACUUAAAUUUUAGUGAUUUAAAUAAACUAACAGAUUGUGUUGAAGGUGUAAGAAUAAAUAAAAAUAAAAUUAAAAUGAUAUGUGAAUCUUGUCAAAAAGGAAAACAGCCUAGGUUGUCAUUCCCAGCUGAAGGUUCCCGAGCAAAGAAAGCACUGGAGUUGAUACAUUCAGAUAUCUGUGGUCCACUCGAGGUGACUUCUCUUGGUGGGGCUAGAUACUUUCUCACAUUCACCGAUGACUAUACAAGGAAAAAUGGCAUGGCAGAGCGUAUGAAUCGGACUUUAAUAGAGAGAGCUCGGUGUAUGCUAAUUAAUUCAAACUUACAGAAACAGUAUUGGGCAGAAGCUGUGGCUGCAGCUGCGUACAUCACUAACCGCUGUCCAACACGAGCACUGGGUUAUUCUACACCUGAGGAGAAAUGGUCGGGAAAGAAGCCAGAUGUAAGACAUUUAAAAAUUUUUGGUUGUGAAGCCAUGGUACACACACCGAAAGAAAAACAUAAAAAGCUGGAUCCAAAGGCAAGUAAAAUGAUUUUUAUUGGUUAUUGUGAUACUACAAAAGGCUACAGGUUAAUUGAUACAAAAACAAAGAAAAUUAUAAUAAGUAGAAAUGUUAUUUUUAUGGAAAACUCUAUUAAGAAGAAUUAUGUAAUGACACCUCUGACUACUGCUGAAAAUAAUGAUACUGUAAGUGAUAGUUUAUUAGAAAAUACACAAAAUGAUGUGUCAACUGUCAGCAUAAGUGAUGAUUCUGUUCACUCUGAUGAAGGCUCUAUAUAUAUACCUGAGAAAGAUAUAAGUCCAAUACAACCAAGUAAUGUAAAAACAAGAUCUCAAAAAUUAAAAUUGUUACAAGAAAAUAACUCUUAUUUCUGUCAAGGUGAAGAGCCAGAGUUUGCAGAUGUACCACAGACAUAUAGUGAAGCUAUAUCAUCAAAAGAUGGAGAAAAGUGGAAACAGUCUAUAAAGGAAGAAUUGGAAGCACAUAAAAAGAAUAAUACUUGGCAGCUGGUGCUGAAGCCACCAGGUGUAACUACAAUUGGCUGUAAGUGGGUCUUCCGUUUAAAAGACGAGCCAUCUGGUAUGUUAUACAAGUCUAGACUCUGUGCUAAGGGCUGUUCACAAAAAUAUAACAUUGACUACACUGACACAUUUUCUCCCACUGUAAGGUAUGAUUCUGUACGAAUAUUAUUAUCAGAAGUAUGUCAACAUGACCUUGAAAUGAUACAGUUUGAUGUUAAAACAGCAUUUCUAUAUGGAGAUAUAUCUGAAGAUAUUUAUAUGACUCCACCUAAAGGUAUAGAUGUGCCAUCAAACUAUAAAAAGGAGAAGGGUCCUGAAGAAAAGCUACCAUAUAGAGAAGCAGUUGGAUCGCUUAUGCAUCUAGCUAUUGUUAGUCGACCAGAUAUAAUGUUUGGAGUCAGCUUGUAUAAAAAAGAAAAAAAGAGUGUAGUGGAAGGCUACAGUGAUUCAGACUAUGCCAAUGAUAUAGAUACAAGACGAUCCACAUCUGGAUAUAUAUUCAUGAAGAAUGGUGCUGCAGUUACAUGGGCAACUCAACGUCAACAAAGUAUUGCUUUGUCUACCACAGAGGCGGAAUUCAUGGCUGCAUGUUCUGCUACAAAAGAAGCAAUAUGGAUAAAGAGAUUACUUUUAGAUAUUAAUGAAUAUAAUCAGGAUACAAUAUGUUUGUACAUAGACAACCAAAGUGCAAUUUCAGCUGCGGCCCUCGUGGCGCCUCGUGUCGCGGGCAGUCGCUCUCAGCCUCACUUGAGUCGUUCGAAACUUGCGCACCGCGCCGCCCGGCCUCGAGUGCGGCGCGCCGCGUGCCUCUGA